AAAACGAUUUGUGUAAAACGUAGGAACAGACUAUGAGUAAAUCAAAGAAUUUACUUGAAAACGAAAGGGAACAAAUCGUAAGGCUGCGAAAGCAAAGUAAAACCUUCACCGAAAUAGCCGAAAUAGUGAACAGGUCAGAAACGGCUUGUAAGUAAGCUUGGUAUACAUUUUUAAAGACAGGCAUGUAUUGCGAUCAACCGAAAAGCGGAAGACUACGGGAAACAACCCCGAAAAUGGAUCGCCAGAUUCAUCGAUUGAGCGAAAAGGAUCGUUUUCGUAGUGCAAAUAAUAUUGCUGCAGAGAUAAACUAUAAAAACGAUACACAAAUUAGUGUUAGAACUGUUAGGAAAAGAUUAGGAGACUUUAACUUAAGAGGGCGAAAACCUCCAAAAAAACCACUGCUGAGUUCGAGGAAUCAAAAAAGACGACUUGCAUUUGCCAAAGCUCAUAAGCAUUGGACAAGUGAAGAUUGGCAAAAGGUAUUAUUUUCAGAUGAAUCGAAAUUCAUACGCGUCUGUUCUGACGGGAUACGGUACGUUAGACGUCGAAUUGGCGAAAGUUUGAAAACACGGUGCGUUUUAAAAACUCUUAAACAUGGUGGUGGAAACGUUGUGGUGUGGGCGUGUUUUUCUCGAAGCGGUCCUGGUCCGAUAUGUCGUAUCAAUGGAAUUGUGGACCGUUUUCAGUACAUGGACAUACUCAAGAACAUAAUGUUGCCUUUUGCACGCAACAAUAUGAGUGAUGAUUUUAUUUUUCAAAAUGAUAAUAAUCCGAAGCACACGGCUCAAGUUGUGAAACAGUUUUUUCAAGAAGAAAAUAUUACCGUGCUGCCGUGCCCGUCGCAAUCACCAGACAUUAAUCCAAUCGAAAACUUGUGGAGCAUCAUAAAAACAACAGUACCAGGCUAUAAACCGAAAAAUUUAAAUGAACUUUACUCUACAAUUGAAACAGCUUGGAGUAAUAUUACGGUAGAUCAAUUUCCUCCAGAUAGGAGUGAACAAGAAGAUAACCCGGCAGAUGACAGGCAAACAAGUCAGAUGCAUCGGGUUUUGCUGGAUUCCACGAAUCAGUUAACAAAUCUACGUAACAUCUCUGUCGAUCAUGUGCCACCGGUAGAUUUUAGUGAGCCAGCGAUAUUGAACACAGAAGCUGCGUUAAGUUCUGAUAUUUUAGAUAUUUUUGGUAAGCGUAUCUGCGAAGAAAGAGUCUUCGCUCCUCCAGUUCAUAAAGAUCUGGUGGUACGCUACGAAGAUGUUAUUAAGGAGGGCCUGUCGGAGGAAAUUAGAGUAGAGGUUCUGAAGAAAUAUCCAUCACCUAACAACUGUACGUCCAUUGAUCCUCCUAAACUAAAUCCUGAGUUCAAAUUUGUUGUCCAGGAGUUGGUUUCGAAGAGGGAUGACCGCAUUCGGAAAAAACAGGAAAAGAUUACUGUUUCUUUGGGUCUCGCUUUGGCAAGCAAUGUCUAUUGCUGUGAAGGGGAAAGACAAUCCUAA